AAAUCAUUCACUGCUGUUAUUUUUGUUUUCAUUCUCCUUCACAUCCCUUUCCUUUCUUACAAAUUUUUUUUUUCGUGUUCAUCUCUUCGCUUUGCCAAUAAAAAAAAUGAACUGCUGGAUAUGUGGGGUCUUUGUCGACACCCUCGACUCGUUCUACACCAGCCUAAAGACCGGCGACUGGAGGUUCGAGGUGUCCGGCGAUGCACGCCAGUAUGAGAAAGAUGUCGAGGCGUUCUCCUGUGGCGAUAGCCGGAUGUUUGCCGAGGGCUUCCGGGUGCUCAACAUGUACAGCGGCGUCAGCCCCCGGGAUGGUUGCUGCCUGGUGGACCGGCGAUUCGACGUGGUGCGCACAUUCGACUCGCUGUUCAAAAAUACGCCCAUCCGCAUUGUCCAAGAAGCAAACCCCAACGAGGCCGAGGGCAGCCUGUUUUCGGGCGACAUCCAGGGCAUCAUUGUGCAUGAGGCCUGCCUGGACAUCCUGACGGGCGAGCUGAACCGGCGGCGCGUGCCGUGGACGUACCGCGGAAUCACAACUAACGCGUGCCUGCAGCCGACAGUCAUGAAUCUGGACUUUGCGGUGCCCGGGUUUGCCCAGCACGAGACCGAUACAGUGGCGCAAAAGUUCAGCGAGUUCGGCUUCUACGAUGCCAGCAAUCUCAUGCAGCUGCAGCACUCUGCUUUGCUGGCGCUACCCAGCGAGAUCCUCAACAACAUGAUGCGCUUUCUGGACGAGGCGUCGCUCAUCUCGCUCUUCUUUGCGUGCAAAUUCAUCGGCGCUGAACCCGGGUUCUGGCGCCGGAUGUUUGCAGGCGACGCAGUGCCGGGCAUGGACUGGCAUGCGUACUACCGCCGGGCAACCCGGUUCCGGAUGAACCUGCGAAAUCGGGCGCGCAUCACGGCUAUUGUAAGACACAACAUCCCAAUGUUUGAGACGUGGAACCGCCGGUUGCGUCCCGAUAUCGAGCGAAUUGCCAAUGCCUUUCUGGCGGCCCGGCGCAGAUGCGAGGAGGAUUUCUACGAUGUCCAUGCGCCAAUUCUGGCAGUAUGAGCCUGGGGGAUGGGUGCCAGGAAUUUAUUUUUGUACUUCGAGGAGCCGAUCCACAAGACGAUGACAUCGAUUCCCGCGUUUUUCCGAAUACGAGGUGGGAGCUGGCUUCGCAUUCUCUGAUUUUUUCCUUUUCUCAACCUGUAGUUCUUCAAUUUAUAAUUAUAC